AUAAAAAAAAAAAAAAAAAAAAGCCUAGAAGGCUUUGGAAUUAACAAGAGGAAUUGAAAAAUCCAACCUAAAUUUUUUUUUUUUAGAAAAAAGCAAACAGACAAAAUGUCUACGAAGAAUUCAAAUGAUAUUGACGAAGAAAGAACAAUGUUUAUAAAAUUACCCUCGUCAGGUACCGAUGCAGCAGAAAUUGUGGUGGAAGAUGAUAAUUCAUCCGAUGAUUCAAUUUUGCUACAAGAUGACAUUGCAAAGAAACAAACAGCGCUUGAUUCUGUUAUAACAAAAAUUGGGAUGGGAAAAUUUCAAAAACAAUUAUUGGUACUUUGUGGAUUAGGGUGGCUAGCAGAUAACAUGUGGCUCCAAUGUAUAGCUGUCAUAUUACCGAGGGUUCAAAAACAUUUUGGAUUGCCCAAUUCGCUUAUUGGUGCAUUAUCAAGUUCUUUGUUCACAGGCAUGAUGUUUGGUGCCUUAUUUUGGGGCGUUCUUUCGGACACUCAUGGCCGUAAACAAGCGUUUAACUGGACUUUGGCUGUUACUACUUUCUUUGGAAUAAUUGCAAGUUUUGCACAAAGUUUUUUCCAAUUAUGUUUUAUGCUUUUCCUGUUAGGAUUUGGCGUGGGCGGAAACAUGCCAGUUGAUGGUGCGCUUUUCCUUGAAUUUAUACCUAAAGAACAUCAAUACCUUCUCACUUUUAUGUCAGUGUUCUUUUCUUUUGGUGCUGUGCUCAGUUCAGUUUUAGCAUAUUUUAUUUUACCACCUAACAGUUGUACCGAAGAUGAUUGUAAUGUUUUCGAAGAAAACAACGGCUGGAGAUAUAUGUUAGCAAUUUUAGGGUCCUUGACAUUUUUAAUGCUCAUGUGCCGUAUUUUUUUUUUCCAACUUCAAGAAUCACCUAAAUAUUUAAUUUCUCGCAAUCGCAAACAUGAUGCUGUGCUUGUGCUACGCAAGAUUGCGAAGAUUAAUGGUAAUAAUAUGCAAAUCCAAGCCAGUGACUUUCAAACUCCUGCAAAUACUACAAAUCCUCGUAAUAGAUCAUUUUCUUCUUUCCCAUUUCCAAAUGAAACUCAACAUGCCAAGGUUGAGUUCACCUCAGAUCCAAUAUCAUAUAUUAAAUAUAAGACAUCAUCAAAUAUAGAAGUAGUCAUGUCUUUAUUCACAAGGAAAUGGUUCAUGACAACAAUUCUUGUUUGGUGUAUAUGGACAUUGGUAUCUUUCGCUUACACGAUGUUUAACGUGUUCCUACCUAAAUAUCUUGAGAGCUUGGGCUUAGAUAAUGGUGAAAGUGAUUCAUUGAUGCAAGAUGUUUUGAAAGAUUACGUCGUAUAUUCACUGUGCGGUGUUCCAGGAUCUUUAGCUGCAGCAUGGUUAAUUGAAACUGUUCUUGGUCGUAUUGGCACUAUGUCAAUCGCAACAUUUGGCACUGCAUUAUCUGUGUUCCUUUUCUCGGUCGUUAAAUCACAUUCUAGUGAAAUAAUCUCUUCAGCUAUGGUUAGCUUUUUGGCCACAUUGAAUUACGCAGUUAUUUAUGGAUAUACCCCAGAAGUUUUUGAAUCAAAAGUAAGGGGUACAGCUUGUGGUAUAGCUUCAGCUUUUGGAAGAGUUGCGGGUAUAAUCGCUCCAAUGGUGACAGGCUUACUCCUUUCAAUUAGCGUAUCUGUACCAUUAUACGUUUCCGCAUUAUUAUUUACGAUAUCUGGUGUUUGUAUGGUUUUGUUACCCAUCGAGACUAAAGGGAGACAAGCUUGAUGAGGCAAACAUGAAUUAAAUAAAUACAAUUAUUAAACCAAUUAAAUCGAUGAAAUAAAUAUAUUGUCUUACUAUUUAAUUAUUUGUUUUUGUAUUCAGAAUUUUACUUUAAUAAAAGAUAACUGAUAAAUAUAUAUA